AGCAUUUAUUGCACCAACAAAGUUUUGCUUCUUUACGCUUUUAUUUACGUGCUUCCUGAAAACGGGGAGAACUUGUUUGAACAUUGUACAGUAUCAGCAAGGAACUAAUGAGAAUGGUCCAAGAAAAAGACGCCGAGACUCGCCAUAUUGACGAUAUCUUAUCUUAUGUUGGUGAAUUUGGUUCGUGGCAGAAGUUUUUGUAUUUUUCAUCAUGCUUCCUUGUUAUAGUCCCGAGCGCCAUUCAAAUAGCCUCGCUGGUGUUCGCCACUGGUACACCAAAGUUUUAUUGCGUGACACCCAACGUCACUUGCGAAGAAAGUAAGUGCUGUGACAACUGUACCAGUUAUGCCUUCGACAAAUCCUUUACAAGUACUGUGACUGAGUGGAAUUUGAUUUGUGACAAGAAGAACAUUGCCGCCUUGGUUCAGUCGCUAUUUGUAGCUGGAAUGAUGGCUGGAUCUCUCUUCUUUGGGGCGAUAUCAGACUUCUUCGGAAGGAGGUUCUGUCUUUUUCUUUGCAGCGCAUUAGCGCUGUGUUUUAGCCUGGCGUCAAGUUUUGUGGACUGUUUAUCCUUCUUCACUUUCCUCCGCUUCUGUGCGGGCGCUGCGAUAACAGGUCUGUUCGUGGGGCACUAUGUGUACAUUCUGGAGCUGGUAGGCUGCACCUACCGCACUUUGGCUGGAAAAAUACAGGAUGUCUUCUGGGUCAUAGGCGCUUGCCUCACGGUCAUGACCGCGUACCUGGUUAGAGACUGGAGACAAGUGCUACUGAUCGGCAGUAUUCCAGCGGGUCUCUUCUAUCUUUUAUGGAACGUAUUUCCCGAGUCUUUAAGAUGGCUGGUUGCUCGGGGUCGUUUAGAAUCUGCUCAUGCCAUUGUUAUGAAGUACGCUGACGAGAACUCCAUGACAGUAGACUCAGACACCCUCAUGUCCUUGCUGGAGGAAUGCAAAGCGGCUUCGAAGAGAGUCACGUCGGAGGUCAGGCGAUCACCUCUUGAUCUCGUGCGCACACCAAGACUGAGGAGAAGAACUGUGAUUCUUUGUUAUAACUGGCUGGUCCUGAGCAUGAUAUUUUACGGAAUCAUGCUGUAUGUCCCAAGCCUGGCUGGUAAUAUGUAUCUAAACAUUUUCCUGAUGUUUGUGAGUGACUUACCACACACUCCCAUGGCAUGGAUUGUCUUCAAACAGUUUGGUCGCCGUAUUCCGCAUUGCGUGUUUAUGAUGAUCAGCGGUCUCUCGUGUCUGUUUGUUCUUCUUGUUCCAGAAGAUCUGAAAGGUCUGAUAACAGCCUUGGCGCUGAUUGGACGAUUCUUUGGAUCUGCUUCGUUCUCAAACGUAUACUUGUACAGCAGUGAAUUGUACCCGACGACCAUCAGGAAUAUGGCUCUUGGUACUUGCUCGACUUUUUCUCGUAUCGGAGGCAUGGUUGUUCCUUUCAUCAUUGCACUGGCUCAGCUGCCUGGUGUGUCUGUGACUUUGCCUCUGGUCAUACUGGGUAUUCUGACCAUUAUCGCGGCCUUGGUGUCCCUGUGGCUUCCCGAAACUCUUCUAUCCAACAUGCACGAGACGGUGCAGGACAUAAAAACUUCUAAGGAGAACUACGGUGUCAUUUGGAUGGGAAAGCCACGACCUCCUCUCAUCUCAUUUCCAUGCAAUAGUUCCCAGGACUCAAACGAAGUAAACGGAGAAAAUGCGCACAUUUUAACGGAGACCGCCGAUGAGACCCAAAAAAGAAGAAGCUUAGAAGAACCCGAGGACCCAAAAGAGACAACACCUCUGACCACUGCGGAAGAUGGGUCCCCAGAGUCCAAAGUAUAACUGUAUCUAGAUGUUUUAAGACUGUAUAUGUGGAAUAGUGUUUUUUAGCGCAAGGAUUACGACAAAGUGGGAAUCGCUGUUAUCUCCCCACUUACACUUGAUUUCAUUAUUAUCUCAAACAUAAAAUUGCAGGGGAUAAAAUUUUUGCGGCAACAGACUUUCUUUACCCUGUUAUCUUAUUGACUCACUACAAAUAUUAAUGUUGAGACUGUUUGGUUCAAUUUCUAGAGGAGUCACCAGUUACGUGAUUUACCAUUCUUCAGUUUCGGUUUGGCUUUUCCCUUCUUGUAAGGGGUUUACGCUGUAUAAUCUGCCAUAGAUAUGAGGCACGUGGGAAUAACGCAGACAUCAAAUUAAAGAAAGCCAGAGAACUGUUUUUAAUUUGAUUGAAUAAAAUGGGAAUUGAUUGAUGCUUUACAAACUACUGAGUUUCGGAGCUUUUUUGUGUUCAGUACAUCCAUUGUUGCUUGAUUUUCAGCAUUUAUCUCCUCGUAGUUUUGCUUACUGAUGUGGCCGUUAUUGAAGAUCCAGAAAUGAAGUCAUUGUGGAAUAAAAAAAAUGACUCUGAAGUAUUAAUGGUUGUCGCGACUGAACAUUGAUAUUUGUUUCCGUUUUUUUUUUUUUUUUUUACACAUUUAUCUUGUUUUCACGCAUUGCGUGCCAUUAAUUUGGUUACAUUAGGGUCAUGUGGUUUUACGCGACCUCGUGGUUGAGAAAAAUAAUAAAUGCUUGAGUUGUGAAA